CCUGAGCAGCGCAGCCGGCCAUGGGGGAAGGAGGCAGCCCCUGCCUCCCGGAGCGUGCCACGGAGCUGGCCGAGACCCCUGGCGAGCAAGCAAUCAAGCGCUUCCUGAAGGAAGACUCGGAGGAGGCCGAGCUGGCCCAGUUCCUGAGGGAGUUCCCUUCGGACGAGAGCUUUAGGAGAGCGGAGCCAGAGGAGGGCCAGAGGGCCCCUGGCCAGGGCCACGUGGAUCCCAGCGAGGUCCCCAGCGUAGCCCGGCCCGGGGCCAAUGAGCUGCUAGACCAGAGGGAGCUGAAGCCCUUCUCCCGGCCUCGGCCCCUGGACUGCCCGCAGCAGCACAUCGCGGCUCCGGCACCACUGAGCCCCUCACGGCCCAGGAGCCCCUGGGGCAAGCUGGAUCCCUACGACUCCUCGGAGGACGAUAAGGAGUACGUGGGGUUCGCGACGCUCCCCAAUCAGGUCCACCGGAAGUCGGUGAAGAAGGGCUUUGACUUCACGCUGAUGGUGGCAGGGGAGUCUGGCCUGGGGAAAUCCACCCUGGUGAACAGCCUCUUCCUCACGGACAUGUACCGGGACCGCAGACUGCUCAGUGCCGAAGAGCGCAUCACGCAGACGGUGGAGAUCACCAAGCAUGUGGUGGACAUCGAGGAGAAGGGGGUGAAGCUGCGUCUGACCAUCGUGGACACUCCGGGCUUCGGGGAUGCCGUGAACAACACCGAAUGCUGGAAGCCCGUGGCCGAUUACAUCGAUCAGCAAUUUGAGCAAUAUUUCCGGGAUGAGAGCGGCCUGAAUCGGAAGAACAUCCAGGACAACCGUGUGCACUGCUGCCUCUACUUCAUAUCGCCCUUCGGCCACGGGUAUGGGACCACCCUGCCCAUCCCUCCCUCCUUCCCUGGGUGUGCUGAGAACCCCCGCACUCCACAUGGGCCCUGCGCCUGCCAACGAGACCUGCUGCUCCUUAAGCCAUUGCUGGCCUGGCGGCCGGGGGCAGAGCAUGCGUGUCCCUCGGGGGCUCCUUUCUCGGCCCAGAUUCGAGAGGAAAUUGACCGUUAUGGGAUCCGCAUCUACCAGUUCCCCGAGUGCGACUCGGACGAAGACGAGGAUUUCAAGCGGCAGGACCAGGCCCUGAAGGAGAGCAUCCCUUUCGCUGUGAUCGGCAGCAACACGGUGGUGGACGCCAAGGGAAGGCGAGUCCGGGGCUGGCUGUACCCCUGGGGGAUCGUGGAAGGUAUGGCGAACUCCCAACAUAACCUUAGCUUUGGAUAA